AUGAUCAAUAACUAGGUGACUAAUAGGACAAGUCACUUUCAGAUAUAUGACAUGAAACCCUUUAUCAUAUAUGACUAUUUAGGAGCUAAAGAGAAAUAUUAGAACAAUAAUACUAAGAAGAAGAUAGAGAAGAGAUAUAAGUAAUAACUAAGGAGUGGUCAAAAUAUAUAGAAAACAUUAGGGGUAAAAGGAAAAGCAUAGCAGUAAGAGAGAAGUCUUAAUUAAUAACAAAACACAAAGAAACCCCAUGAUUAGAUAAGGAGUUAACUUAGGAAUAUUUCAAACAACUCGCAGAAAAAGAUGAGAUGA